GUCUAAGUGAGCGCCAUCGCUUAGCGAUUUUCGAUUCAAUGAUGGUCGUGCUGACGGCGUGCAGGCGUAGAGGAGACAGCGUUUUUUAACUGGGCAAUCCCAACCAUCUAAAACAAAUCUGUUAAAGCAGAUAUUUUCGAUGGCAACCCAGUGUGUGACCAAGAUUGAACUCUCCAUUUCCUGCAAAAACCUUCUAGACAAAGACAUUGGCUCCAAAUCGGACCCACUGUGUGUUCUGCUGCAGAGUGUGGGGGAUGACCAAUGGACUGAGGUGGAUCGUACAGAGAAAGUGAAGAACUGCCAGGACCCAGAGUUUUCUAAAAGACUGUGUAUCGACUUCUUUUUUGAGAGGGUUCAAAAACUAAAGCUGGGCAUCUAUGACAUUGACAACAAAAGUGUCGACCUGAAAGAUGAUGACUACUUGGGAGGUUUUGAGUGUACCCUUGGUCAGAUUGUGUCAAGUAGAAAGAUCACCAACCCCCUUCAGCUUAAGCCAGGAAAACCAGCAGGCAAAGGAACAAUAACGAUUGUCGCAGAUGAAGUGAAGGACAACCGAGCUAUUGUUCUAGAAGCAGAAGCCAAAAACCUGGACAAGAAGGAUUUAUUUGGAAAAUCUGAUCCCUUUCUGGAGUUCUUUAAGCAGGCUGAUGAUGGCACAUGGCAGUUAGUCCACAGGACUGAGGUCAUCAAGAAUAAUUUGAACCCAUCCUGGAAGAAAUUUGUAGUUUCUUUACAUACAUUCUGUAAUGGAGAUCUUAACAAGCCAAUUAAGGUCCACUGCUUUGAUUAUGAUAACGAUGGCUCACAUGAUCUCAUUGGUGUUUUUCAAACUAAAGUGGCUGAGCUUCUGAAAGUAGACAGUGGUUCUAUGGUGGAGUUUGAAUGCAUUCAUCCAGAGAAGCAGAAGAAGAAAAAAAGCUAUAAGAAUUCGGGCACUGUUCGUUUUAAAUACUGCAAGAUCGAAGCACAGUACACAUUUCUUGACUAUGUGAUGGGAGGUUGUCAAAUAAAUUUUACGGUGGGUAUCGAUUUUACCGGCUCUAAUGGAGACCCUCGCUCCACAGACUCUCUGCAUUACCUCAGUCCUAAUGGGGUAAACCAAUACCUCAAUGCAAUCUGGUCUGUUGGUCUUGUGAUCCAGGAUUAUGAUGUGGAUAAAUUGUUCCCUGCUUUUGGGUUUGGUGCUCAGGUGCCUCCAAAUUUUGAGGUGUCACAUGAGUUUGCUCUAAACUUCAAUCCCAGUAACCCUUACUGCAAAGGAGUGGAGGGCAUCGUGCAGGCGUAUCGAAGUGUUCUGCCACAGGUGCGUCUGUAUGGCCCAACUAACUUUUCCCCCAUCAUCAACCAUGUGGCUCGCAUCGCUGCAACAGCAGCUCAGCAGCCAACUGCAGCGCAAUAUUUUGUGCUGCUGAUCAUAACUGAUGGAGAGAUUACUGAUCUGGAUCAGACAAAGCAGGCCAUAGUGAACAGUUCCAAGCUUCCCAUGUCCAUCAUUAUUGUGGGUGUUGGUGAGGCAGACUUUAAGGCCAUGGAGGUGCUUGAUGGAGAUAAUGGUGUGCUUAAGUCUCCAACUGGAGAACAGGUGGCAAGAGAUAUAGUACAGUUUGUGCCUUUCAAAAACUUUGUCAAGGCUUCCAAAGAAGCACUGGCCCAAAGUGUUCUUGCUGAAGUGCCCAAUCAGCUGGUGUCUUACUUCAAGAUGAGAAAUCUGAACCCUGUCAAUCCUCCUGUUCCUAAAAAAUAGAGCAUGUUUGCAGGAUCAGAUGGACCAUCAAGUUCAGGGGGACAAAUCAUUCUGAAGGCCUUUUUGUAUUGUGCAAUGAAAAUAAUGCAUUGCACAGUAACAGUAAUUAGCUUUAUUUUUGCUAACCUUUUUCUGCUCUUUUACCAUGUUUAUACUUUCUAUUUACAUUUUCCUUAAAAUAUUAAUGCAGUCUUUAGUGCUGAGAUUUGAGUUCUGGUUUACAGCUUUACAAAUUGAUUAUUAUAUUUCUAAGUCAAUAUUCAGUUCAUGCAAAAUAUUAUGUAUGUUCAAGAACACUUAACAUUACUUUGUGCUCUACAUAGCUCUUAUAACUAGAUUAUAAUUAGCCCUUCACCAUUCUAGCUUCAUGAACAUUUACAUUUUUGUGGGCGUUGCAAUGUUAACGUUUAAAAUGCUGCAGGCUUCAUUUAUUUGGAACUCCAGCUUUGGUCUUUUUAAGUUUAGUUCCGAACCGAUUAGUUCAUUCCCAACAUUAUGCACAGUACAGGAACUGCAUUUUUGAGGGAGUUUAGGGAUGUUUUAAUGAAACAACAUCUUGAUCUUGUUACAGCAAAUCUCUAAUUUUCUUCAGCUGUAUGCCGUGUUUAGAACAAGAUUAGAUUUCUCUUGUGCUUUUUACAAAAGAAGGUAACAACUAAGGAGAUCAAAAAUCUGCCAAUAGGUAAUGACUAAAAUCUGCUUUUGUUAAUGACUGGUUAUGGAUGUGUAUGCUAUUACAAACUAUAAGGCCUUUAUUGGUUAUUCUCUUAUUUUUGUCUAAUAUCCCCUUUGCACUGGUUUUAGUAAUAACGAUGACCUCGUUAGCUAGCGAUAAAGGGUACUAGUAUGAACUAAUGUUCCCUGUUCUAGAGUAAACAUUGUUUGUUUUUGAAUAAUAAACAAAUGCUGUAAAUGCAAUAAGAAAAGAGACAAAUCAGAGACUUCACUGCAUUUAAGAACUCUGGCUUUGUUUUAUAGAUCAACAGGGAAACAGACAUCUCGAAUAAUCAGUUAAUUUGCAAACAAUUUACAUAAACUAUUAAAUGUAACAAUUUUAAACAUUAAUUCAAAGUUAAAGUACUUCAGUUCAUUUUAUAACACCUAUGCACAUGGAACAAAGAACAUGUUUUAUAUUUAUUUCAUACUUUUAAGCUACACAUUCACACCCUGGACUUAUAAAGUCUGUAUUUUAUCCUAUACAAACUACUAGUACCUUUUAUUUCUAGCUAAUUAGGUCAGCAUUAUGACCGAAACAAGGGUAAAGGAGCUAUAAGACAAAAAUAAGAAUAACCAAUAAAGGCUUUAUAUAAACAUAAAUAUUAGUAUAUAAUAGUAUAAAUAAUAGUAUAAAAUGUUACCCAAAAGAAAGACUUGAUCAUAUUUAAGUCAUGACAAAGCACUGACAUUAAACACAAAGUAUGUUAGUCAUUGUCAGAAGUAUAUAUUUUUCUUUCUUUGUAGUAGGACUGCUCCAAAAAUAAAAUAAAACAACUGAUAAAUAAAUUAAUCAAUAGUUUUACUCCAGCAUUCAAGCGAGCCUUGAACUUAUAUAUCCCUAUAUGAUCAUAGUUAUGACUGUUCUGCACAUCAACCACUUUUGAAAGUUUAGUAGAACCUAAAGCCAACCUCAGAGCUUAUGAAAUUCCUUACUUUAUAUUAAUGCACUUGGUUUUAUGCUAAAUGACCACUGUUCACAAUUUGCUUUUGGAAUUGGAUUAAUAUAUUUUUAAAUAUUUGUUGCACUUCUCAGCCACUCUAGGUUUUGAAAGAUUCCUUGUGUUUUUAAAAUCUUCCUGUCUAAUAUCCUUUAAAGUAAAAUGUGUUUAAAUACCAGCUUUUUGUGUAGCACAUAUUAUGCACUUUCACAAAAAAAAUCACCAGAACUGAAACCCAGCACUGUGUAAUGAAUGCAAUUAUAUACAUCAAUUACUAGUUAAUUUUUUCCCAACCAUAUAUACGAAUGUUUGCAGCACGAAAUGCCUUAAACAAAGUGUCAAAUACUCUACACAACGUUUAUUUUUUUACACGCGCACAAGAUAUUCCGAUGCCUGAUUUAUAGUUGCAUAUAGAUUUUAUUUUAUUAUUUUUUUUUAUAAAUACUUCCCACUUAUUUUCUCUAUGCAUGCGAGCAAAAAUGCCAUUAUCAGCGGGAGUUAACGUCUGCACGUUGACCAGUUAUCAGCUUGUGCCUUUUAGCUUUUAUUUCUAGGGUUUUUUUGUUUGUUUGUUUUUUACAUAUAAAAUCAAUAAACUGCUUAAUUGAA